UUCACAGUCGAUCACAGUCUCGGCAAGCACCCGAGGAAGACACACAGAACAGAUCAACAUGCUGAAAGAAGUUUGUUUUCUGCUGAUGGCCACAUAUGUGGCUGCCACUUAUAACACUGGCUAUCCUUCAAUUCCUUCAUACCCAUCCUAUCCCACUUAUCCCCCGAGUGGUGGAUACAGGUAUGUAGUGUACAUCCAAUACCUCUACUACCUGUACGUUAUUUACGGACCCAACUCCGUCCAGUAUCUCCAAUACUACCGAUAUUUGGUCCGACUUCACAUCAUUCCUCAGGGAUUCAACUUCGCACGUGGUGGUUUCCCGGGUGGUAUCGGUAGUUUCCCUGGCGGUAUUGGUAGAUUGCCGGGUGGUAUUGGUGGUUUUCCAGGCGGUAUUGGUGGUCUUCCUGGCGGAAUUGGUGGAUUCCCGGGUGGCAGUGGUGGUUUCCCAGGCGGUAUCGGUGGAUUCCCGAGUGGUAGUGGUGGUUUCCCCGGCGGUAUUGGUGGUGGAAGUCAAAUCAUCGGGGGUGGUAGCGGUAUAACCCCUAUCGGGGGAGGAUCUAUCCCAAGUGGCAGAUUCCCCUAUGGAGGUGGAAAUCUAGGUGGUGGCCUGCCCCUUGGUGGCAUUGGAGGAGGAUUCCCUUCUGGUGGUAGUGGAUUUCCUCUCAGUAGCGGAGGAAGCUCUCUCAGUGUCUCCAGUGGUAGUUCCUUCCAAAGUGGCAGUCUUGGAGGUGGCUUAGGAAGUGGUCUUGGAGGCGGUUUAGGAAGUGGGCUAGGAGGUCUCAGCGGUGGAUUGGGAGGUCUUGACGGUGGGCUAGGAGGUCUCGGUGGUGAUCUUGGAGGUCUCGGUGGUGGAUUAGGAGGUCUUAGCGGCGGACUUGGAGGUCUCGGCGACGGUCUUGGUGGUGGUUUGGGCGGCGGACUGGGAGGUUUAGGAGGUGGACUUGGUGGUCUUGGAAGCGGUAUCGGCGGAGGAUUAGGAGGAGGUCUUGGCGGUGGCCUUGGCGGUGGACUCGGAGGAAGAAAAAAGCUUGGGUAUUACUGAACUUUCUUCUGUCUGACCAAAAUGGAUCUCCUGCUGGAUGUUGAUUCAAAUGUAUCAUGAUAUAUUUGUUUGGUUAAGGAAUAAACAGAGGACGCAAAUAAAAA